AUGCCUCAAGCUGUGGAGAAAGAGUCGUCAAGUUCAACCACGGCCCCUCCACCACCGAUAACACACGUCCUCGAGACGUGUCUCAUGGUCAAAGACAUCAGAUCGUCAACAUCGUUCUACAGCAAAAUCUUCCAUAUCGAGCCUUUUCUGGAUACGCCCCGGAUGUCCGGCUUUGCCCUUGGCCAAACAACUCUCCUCUUAUUCCAGUUGGGCAGCACGUCCGCAGAUUCGCCUAUGCCUGACAACCGCGGGACGAUACCCGGUCACGGUCCGACGAAGGAUGUUCUCGAUGUACUACUCAAUGAGUCGGCAUCUACAGAGCCGGACAAGGGAAGUCUCCAUCACCACUUCUGUCUGGCUGUCAAGUCCACGGAAGAUGUGCAGGCAUACGAAGAGUGGUUCGAACAACAAGAGGUCAAGGUUACGGGAAUGGUUCAGUGGCCGAGAGGUGGCAAGAGCAUCUACUUCACUGAUCCAGACGGGAAUGUGGGCGAGAUUGCGAGUCGAGGGAUAUGGGAGCAUUAUUGA